AUGGCAGACCUUCUGGACUCCGAGGCCGGCUCGGAGCGCUUCGCCAGCUACGAGGCAGAGCUCAAGCUCGUGCAGGCGGACCUCACCCAGAAGCUCGACCAGAUUCCCGAGCUGUCCGGCGAGCCCAGGAAAGCAGCAAUAAGGCAAGCGGAGCGCGCACUGGAGGAGGCAAGAGAGCUGAUCGACCAAAUGCGCAUCGAGAAGCCCAACAUCCCCGCGCCGGCCAAGAACAAAAUCAACCAGCGCUUCCGCAACCUACAACACGACGUAGAUGACCUAGGGCGAAAGCUGACGUCGCUGUCCUCGGACCGGCGCGCCCUGUUCGGGAACCGGUACAAGGACAACCCGACGCCCGACGACCAGCUCGAGCAGCGCCAGCAGCUGCUCACGGGCACCGACCGCCUCGAGCGUAGUAGUGGCCGCUUACGCGAGAGCCAGCGCAUCGCGCUCGAGACGGAGGAUAUCGGGCGCAGCACGCUGAGCGACCUGGCCACGCAACGCGAGCAGAUCGAGAACACGCGCAGGAAUUUGCUCGAGAGUGAGAGCUACACCGAUCGCAGUAUUAAGACGCUGCGCGGUAUGGCGCGCAGGAUGGCUACGAACCGCGUCAUUACGAUUGCGAUUAUUACCGUUUUGGUGCUGCUUAUUAUUGCUGUUAUUGUGAGCAAGUUUAGGUAG